AUGUAUAUGUACAGAUAUGAAAAACGCGUUAAAUAUUAUGGACACAUUGAAAAUAACGAUGAAACAAAAAAUGAAAAUGUCGUCGACGAUCAAAAUCCAAAAACUUUAAUUCGUGCAUUCGGUGAUGGUCUUCGACAAGCUCAAGUAGGUAUUCAAAGUUCAUUUACUGUUGAUGCGCAUGCUGCACCCAAUCCCAAUGAAGAUGUCAAAGUUCUUGUCACAACACCAUCAAAACAAGCAUGUUACAUGCUAGUAAUCAAUAAUCGUAAUGGCACAUGGACAGUAAAUUACACUCCAAAUGAAGUUGGCGAAACCUACAUUGACGUAAUUUAUGGUGAUGAAGUUGUUAAUGGUAGUCCAUUUAAAGUUAACGUCUUUGAUACGAAUCAAAUAAAAGUUUCAAACAUUGACGGAGGCUUAGUUGGUCAUUUAGUUCGAUUUCAUAUUGAUGCUAGUGAAGCUGGUGUUGGUCAAUUAGAAAUAAUUGUACAAGAUGGUCGAAUGCCGUGUGAUGCAGCAUCGCGUGGCUCAUGCAGAUUUGAUGCUUCAUUUUUACCGAGAGAACCUGGACGAUACACAGUUGAUGUUAAAUUCAAUGGACUACAUGCACCUGGUAGUCCAUUUUCAUGUUAUAUAAAUGAUCUAUCUUGUGUGAGUGUAUCCGAUAGUUUGACAAGUGCUCCUGUUGGUCUUCCAUUGUCAUUUGACAUUCACCACGAAGAUUUUUAUAAUUAUCAUAAUCAAAAUGCCGCAAUUGAUGUAGUGAUUACUGCUCCAUCGGGUCGUCCUGUUCAUUUGAAACGGUCACAAUUGAACGAAAGCAUUACACGUAUUGAUUAUGCUCUAAACGAGAUCGGCACGCAUCGUGUGGACAUACGAUCGAACCAUAGUAGUAGUGAGAAAAUGGAUAUAAAUGGUUCGCCGUUUGCUCUGAAAGCCUAUGAUACAUCUCGUUUAGCUGUCUCAGAAAUUCCACGUCUUGUUACACUCAAUGAUCCGGUUGAAUUUACAGUCGAUGCCGCUAAAGCAGGCGAAGGACAACUCGAAGUUGCUAUCAAUGAUGGCCUAGUACCGAAUCAAGUGAAAGCAUUAGGAAAUGCGAAAUUUCUUUUUACAUUUAUUCCAAAAACGAACGAUACGCAUACGAUUUCAAUUAAAUUCAAUGGAAAUCAACUAACUGGUUUUCCAAAGGAAUGUCAAAUACUUUCAACCAAUGACAUAACAACGCGAGGUCCUGGUCUCAGUCAAGCAUUACUUGGUGCACAAACUUGGUUUACUGUUGAAACACCUCAUGGUAAUACAACAGAUGUACAAGUUACUGUGUUUACACCAACGAAUGAAAAAUUAAAUCCAUCAACACGACUUACUGCAGAUGGUCUUCGAGUCGAUUGGAUACCAUCAGAAGUGGGCACUUAUACAGUUCAUGUAGCAUUUGGUGGUAAUGCUGUACCGGGCAGUCCAUUUCGUGUGAAAUGUUAUGAUCCAAAAAAAGUUAUUGUGACACCACCUACUAGCGAGAGUGCUGUUCGAAAACCAACAAGGUUUCUUAUCGAUGCAUCUCGAGCAGGCGAAGGAAAUCUUGAAAUCAGUGUAAAUUAUUCUGGCCGUAACAUUCCAAAUCAAGUUAUUCCUAUUGGUAAUAGCCGAUUCGAAGUGCAGUUUAUUCCUCAAGAAGCAACAGUACACUAUUGUAAUAUCCUAUUCAAUGGCGAGCUUGUGCUCGGAAGUCCUUUUGGUGUUAAUGUAAUGGAUACUCAACGUGUUGUCGUCUUUGGUAAAGGUCUUGGAUCAGUACCUGUUAAUAUUCCAACAUCGUUCACGAUUUUAACACAAAAUGCUGGCGUUGGCGAUUUGAAAUGCUCUAUAAAAGGUCCUGCGGAUCAUAUGAUUUCCUGUGUUAUGGCAAAAAUGGAUGCAAGUCGAUAUGAAGUAACUUAUACACCGGAUUGUGUUGGUGAAUUUCAAAUAGAUAUUUCACAUGACAAUAUUCCUGUAGAUGAUAGUAAUCCAUAUGUUGCUCGCGCUUUCGAUGUUAACAAAGUCAAGAUAUGCGAUUUUCCAUCAACGAUUAUGGUGGAUACACCAGCUUAUUUUAUUAUCGACGCAACCGAUUCCGGUUCGGGUAAUCUUGAAAUAGCGGUAUCAAUUGAUGAUAAAAAUAUACCGAAUUAUGUACAAAAUGAAGGUGGUGCUCGUUUUCGUGUUAAAUUUAUUCCUGAUCAAGCUGGAAGUUAUUUUGUUCAUAUUAAAUUUAACGGAGUUGAUCUUUAUGGAUCACCAUUUACAUGUAAUGUAUUGUCAAGUGAUUUUACAUUUGAAAAUUAUGAAUACGCACCAAUUAAUAAACGAUCAUUACUUCUCAUCAAGCCAAAGUCAAACUCAAAAUUUAAUCCAAAUUUACACAUCGACAUAGUAUCGCCGUCCGGCAAUUGUAUACAAGGAAAAAUCGAAGAAAAAUCAGCGAAUAUCUAUGCAAUACAAUAUACUCCAAAUGAAAUCGGCGAUCAUCAUAUUAUGUUUUAUACUGAUAAUGAUAAAAAGUGUAUGAUUACAAAAUUUAUAUGUCAAGUUUAUGAUGCAACUAAAAUUCGUAUAAGCGAUUUACCAGCGGCUAUUCCGCAUCAACUCUAUAAAUUUACCAUCAAUACAAUGGAUGCUGGCGAUGGUCAUGUAUCUGUAAAAAUUAAACAAAGUGGAAACCGUUUAGCACAUGAACAAGCUCGGAUCGAUCUUCAUAUCUAUGAAAUAACAUUUCUCCCCGAAACUCAAGAUGAAUGUUUUGUAACGAUAUCAUUUAAUGGAGAAAAUAACUUGGGUACACUCACAAUACCAAUAAAAACUGAUUCAAAACAAGUUCGUGUUUCACACAUUCCUUCUGGUAUUGUUGGUCAGCCAAUAGUUUUCACUGUUGAUCUUGAUGAAGCAAAAACUAUUUCUGUACUUAUCAGUGAAUCUCAUGGUGGUCGAAUUGUUCCACAUACCAUGACUUCGUUGUCAAAUGAAAAACCUCGUUAUCAAAUAAAAUUCACGCCUAAUCUUGCACGACAACAUACAGUAUUAGUAAAUUACGAUGAUCAACGGACAUUAAAUUAUCAUAUUGACGUUUUCGAUAUAAACAAAAUUCGUAUUAGCUCUAUUAACGAUGGAACUGUUGGAGUUCCAUUGAUUUUUACUGUUGAUACACAUGGUGCAGGCGAAGGCCAUUUAGAAGUAACAAUAAACGAUGGUCGACGAACUUUACCAGCUGAACUUAAAAGUAUUCAAGCAAGAAAAUUCGAUAUUGGUUUUCUACCAGAAAUCAAAGGCAAACAUUCAAUUACGAUUGCAUUUAAUGGUAUACCAGUUGAAGGUAGUCCAUUCGAAAUCAAUAUUCGUGAUGAAACAUCGAGCGAUCACGAAAUUAUCGAAGAAAAUGGACAAGAAGAGGAAGAAGAAGAAGAAGAAGAAGACGACGAAGAUGAUGUUGAUGAUCAUGAAUUUUUAAUUGGUGGACAAUUAGAAGGUACAAAAGUCGGCGAACUUGCUUGGCUCAUUUGUAAUUCACCAUUAAGUGAAAUUUAUGAAGAUUUUGAUUUAUUUGUGACCGAUCCCGAUCAGAUCAUUAUUAAACAUACAAGAAUACAAGAUUCCGGGGGUCGAUGGCGUGUUGAAUUUGAACCUUUUAAAUCUGGUAUUUAUCAACUUCAAACAAGUGAUAAUGGUAAUGAUGAAUCACCGAUUAUUCUUGCUUCGAUGGAUAUUUUACCAGCGAACUAUGGAAGAAUAAUUGAAGGCGAAAGAAUAAUUCAUCCGAAUAUUCUUAAUUUGAUUACAAUUACUUCUAAAAAUGAAAAUUUAAAAAUUCGAUUAAGACGUUCAAAUGGUGAUGAAGUGCCGAUUGAAAUGCAAUUAGACUCAUCACAGUGCAAAAUUUAUUUUACUUUAACUGAAACUGAUGAUUAUCAAUUUAGUGUUGACGAUAAUAAUGAUGAACAAAUAUUUGAUAUACAUUGUGUCAUUGAAGAAACAGAUUUAUUUCGUAACGGUGGCGUCGACGAUAUAACUCGUUUGAUCGUUGAUCAAAGUAAAAUUAAUGCAAGUGAUGUUAAUGUCAUUGUAAAAGAUCCAUCAGCUCAUACGAUUCCAGCAGCAUUUUAUAAAAAUUUAAAUCGCGAUCUUAUCAUAGAAUAUGUACCGACGAAACUGAAUAUUCAUGAAGUAUUUAUUCGAACACAAAACAAUCUACUUGAUAUAUGUCCAAUUCGUAUAAAUUCAUUUGGAGCUGGCGCUCCAUUCGAGCCAGUACUUCGUGUACAAGUAAAAGAAGCUCUUGAACACACAUUUGAAGGUGUCAUAGAUAAUAUUGAAAAGUUACAAAUAGAUAUUACUGACCCAUUUGAAAGAUUAAUACCAUUUCAUCGUGCAAAAAAUGAUCAUGGAGAAUUAAUCAUUGCUCUAUCGCCUAUUCGCGUUGGUACCCAUUGGAUUCGUAUAUCAAAUGAGGAUAGUAAAAAUUUUGCUCUAUUACCUGUGUUUGCCUACGAUGAUGAUUACGUCCCACUUUCACCUAUUGUGACACCACCGCCGCCGGAAGAAAAAUUUCCAACAGAUAAACAAUUGAAAAAUAUUAAUAGCAAUAAUAACAGUAGUGCAAUAGAUUCAUUUAUGCCAAUUCUUGCUGGAAAAGAUUUAACAACGAUUAGUGAAACAUCUGAAACUUUAUCAUCACGUACAUCAUCGAAUCGAUCAUCGAAAAUAGCGAGUCCAAUUAAAGAAACAAUAGAAAAUAUUUCACCACCCUUGGGUAAUGAAUCUCAUCGAAAAUCUUCUACGCACAGUCGAUCAAGUCCUGAAGUGCAAAUACUCGAUAUAACAGAUUUAAGUGAUCCAGGUGUGCGGAUUGUUUCAAAAUUCAGUUUGAAAGAUCCAGACAAUAAUUUUCAUAUUAAAAUAUUUGAUGCCGACGGAAAAGUUAUUAAUUACAAAACAGAAUAUCUUAUUGAUGGGCGAAAACGAAUUUUCUAUGAACCCUCGAUUGUCGGCCCUGUUGAAAUUCAUAUUUUAAAAGAUGAUGAACCAAUUGAUGGGAGUCCAUUGAUUGUAAAUGCAUUUGAUCCAGCUGCUGUUUAUUUGACUGAUUUUCCUGAUCCAGUACAAAUGAAUCUCGUCAAUCGAUUUAUGAUUGACCCUACGAAAGCAGGAAAAGGUUCAUUAAAAGUGUCUAUCAAAGGUCCAAAUAAUCGAUCAUUACCAAUUAAUAUUGUCAAACGAUCGAAUGGUCAUGUUGCCGUUGAAUUUGAGCCCAUUGUUGCUGGUCCACAUACUGUUUAUGUAUUAUUCAAUCGAAUUGCAAUACCCGAAACUCCACUUCGAGUAUUUGUCGAAUCGAAAGAUAGUCGAGCAACACCAGUCGAAGCUCUCGAAGAACGAAUAACUUAUCGAGGCCAUGGAAUUGUUGAACAUUAUCAGCGUUUAAAAGAUGGUAGUCUUCGUUUAGUACUUCAUUUUGAUAAGCCGGAACAAUCCGAUUGGGAACAAAUCCGAGGCGAAUAUUCGAUUCGAAUAAAAAAAUCUUUGGCUGAUAAUCAGGAAUCAUUAGUUAAAAGUACUCAAACAAGCGAUGUUGAAGAACGCGGACGUCCCAUGCAUUCGAAACAACAGGAUCACGAACGAGCACGUUCAUUGUCAUCUCAAGCAACAAUUGAUCCGAUCAAUGCUCGUCUAUCGAAAUCAAAUGAAAAUAUUACUCAAGCAGCAGCGCAGAAAAAUCCACUGUCAUCUGUUGAACAACAAAGUCGAGAACGAAUUACACCAUCAGAAGAUCGACAAUUAGCAGUACCAGCUGCAAAACAAUUGGCUAGUGCACAACUUCAAAAAUUUAAUUUAUUAAAAGAAAAAUUCGAUCGUCAACAACCAAUUGAUAUUGUCUUCGAUCCUCGACGAUAUCCAUUUAAAGUACUUCUACAACAACUCUAUCCACUGGUGAAUACUGAUGUACAUCUUUUAAUCGAUCUUCCACAUAUCGCAUAUGUACACAUAACAAUAAAUGGUAUGGAAAUACCCAUACAAGCAGCGCGUCGAAAUGAUGAUACGUUUCUUCUUAAAUUUCGACCCACGAUCGCAGGAGAUUAUUCUAUCAUACUAAAAGAUUAUAUUGAACAACAUAUUCCAGGUUGUCCCUUUAUAUUUCCUGUUUAUAAUCCAAAUGCUGUUCGUUUCGAAUCGCUGAAUCGUUUACAACCAAUAAAUGAUUGCUAUUUAAUUUGUAAUGUUAAUCAAGCGGGACCUGGAAAAAUAUUCGUUAUGGUUUAUUCGCAAACUGAUGACAAUCAAUUUGAACCGACAACAAUGCCAAUACAAAUUCAUCCUCUUCCGUCCAAUCAUAUGCGUAUUGCAUUAUCUCCAUCGAAAGUUGGAAACUAUCGUGUUUACGUUGGCUAUAGAAAUCUACCAGUUAAUGGUAAGUAA